GGAGGUCAUUUUUGAAUGUCAUUUUGAGUUUUAUUUUAUUGAAGUCAAAUUAUGCCGAAAUAUUUACAUGUUAAAAACUUUUAAUUUUUGUAACAAUUUUAAGCCGCUGUUUAAUAAUUUGAGAACAGAGAAACGAUUUAUCGGAACCAAAAUUAUGUCGAAAAAGAGAGCCCUAAUUUUACUGGCUUCAGGAGCCGAAGAAAUGGAAUUUGUUACUGCUGCAGAUAUUCUAGUGAGAGGAGGAGUCGAUGUGGUAGUUGCCGGAGUCGGUGGAAAAGAACUAGUGAAAUGUAGCAGAGGAGUGAAAAUUCAACCAGAGAUUUCAAUUUCGGAAGCUUGCAGGUGCUUAAACUUCGACGCUGUAAUCUUGCCUGGUGGUUUAGAAGGGUCCAGAGCACUUGCACAAUCUGCCGAAGUGGGAAAAUUGCUUAAAGAAUUUGAGUGCGGCAAAAAGAUUAUUGCAGCGAUUUGUGCAGCUCCUACAGCUCUACAAGCGCAUAAGAUUGGGUUCGGAAGCGCCAUAACUUCCUAUCCCAGCGUUAAAAACGAUUUAAUUAAAGACUACAAUUAUAAGGAAUGCAAUGUUGUUGUCGAUUGUAAUAUUAUAACAAGCAGAGGUCCAGCCACUGCGAUUGAAUUCGCCUUGGCUUUGGUGGAAAUGUUAGUGAGUGCUGAAAAAGCUUGCCAAAUUUCCAAGGAUUUACUCUAUACCACAUAA